AUGGCUUCUGGAGCUAUCAUACCUUUCUUGGUCGGCAUGAUGCUGCUGACCGGCGUCUGCAACACCCUCCUGACCAAAUACCAGGACCAACAAUGUGUGCGCGACUGUGAUGGCAAACACCCCCAGUACUUCGAGCAGCCCGUCGUACAGACUGCCCAGAUGUUCAUCGGCGAGAUGGGCUGCUGGCUCGUGGUGGGCGGGUUCUCGCUCUUCAAAUACUUUGCCUCCAAGGGGUCUGCUGAAUCCGGUGCCUACGAAGCCGUUCCUCGCGAGUCCACCGAUUCGCCUGCGCCUCCCUCGGCUGCCGACAUCGAAGCCACGGCCGAUACGCCUGACACUGCGAGCUCGGAUUGCCCUGUCGCCAACCCGCUCAAGCCGGCGCACAAAGAUCAUUCGCGCAUCCCGUUGACAGGCUGGAAGGUGCUAUACCUGGCUCUGCCGGCCAUCUGCGAUAUUGCCGGCACAACUCUCAUGAACGUCGGUCUGUUGUUCGUUGCGGCCAGUAUCUACCAGAUGACACGCGGUGCGCUGGUUCUUUUUGUGGGCCUUUUCAGCGUCCUGUUCUUGAAGCGCCACCUUGCUCUGUACAAGUGGGCGUCUUUGAUCAUUGUCGUAACGGGUGUCGCUGUUGUCGGUUUGGCCGGUGCUAUCGCGAAGGAGUCGGCCCAUGGGACUAGCAUCAUGCCUGAAGGCCAGACGCCCAUGGGCGACAAGUACGCCUUCUCCGGAACGAUCCUCGUGCGCAGCGCAGCGAAUGAGGUCAAGGCCAUGGCUACUCCUGUUGCAGUGCGCACCGUUAUCGGUAUCCUUCUCAUCGCUGGCGCCCAGAUCUUCACGGCCACUCAGUUCGUGCUUGAGGAGAGCAUCAUGGAGAACUACGAGCUUGAGCCGCUGAAGGUCGUCGGCUGGGAGGGCAUAUUUGGGUUCCUUGUUACUGUCUUGGUCAUGAUCGUCAUGCAUUUUGCUGUCGGUAGGACCAAGGCUGGACGUUACGGCUACUUUGACGCACGGGAGGGACUGCACCAAAUCACCCAUUUCCCUGCCAUAGCUGUCAGCAGCAUUCUCAUCAUGUUCAGCAUUGGGGGUUUCAACUUUUUCGGUCUUUCCGUCACCCGCUCGGUCUCGGCCACGGCGCGUGCAACGAUUGACACUUGCCGUACUCUUUUCAUCUGGAUCGUCUCUCUUGGCCUCGGCUGGGAGACUUUCAAGUGGCUGCAAGUGCUUGGUUUUGCCAUGCUCGUUUAUGGCACCUUCCUCUUCAAUGAUAUCGUCCGUCCACCAAUGAAGGCCUACUUGGAAUGGAAGAGGAAGCAGAUGUCCGGUAUGGACGAGCUGCUUCCCGAGGGUCCGAUCGAGCAUAUCUAG